AUGAGUCAAUCUUUGGAUACCCAGAGGUUGACGGCCAUUUUUGGGUCUCGGCCAGAUAUUAUGGCCGGGAUUCAGACAGCUGCCGACUCGCCGGGGAGAAUUGCCCUCUUCAACGAAAUCGCCGCCCAUCUGAGCGACCAGGCGUCGACGAAUGCCGAGCCGGCCAACAAGAAGAGGAAGAUCGACUCUGGGAACGUGAAUGGGACGUCCACGGGCGGAGCGAACGCGGCUGAGGAGCCUGUCCUGCUCGAGGUCAAGGAGAUAUCCGUUUCUGUGCCCCAGCGCAAGAAGUUCGAGCUCUGCUUCACCGAGGGCCACAUCUACGCCCGAGCCCCAGGCACAACGGCCCCAAUCCCGGCCAUCACAUACGCAUGGACAGACAUUGAAUACAUCUUCUAUCUGCCCGUACCCGAGAAAGCCCAGGUCCAGCACAACUACGUCCUCUUCCCCCGGGGCUCGUACCUCCCUUCCAAGACGGAGCAGGCGCCCGCCGAACCGCUCGUCUUCACAGUCCCCGCCACGGCACCGAAGCAGGGCACGAUUGGCGGCAAAGACGCCGCGUCCGCGGCCAGCGUCUCCGACACAUACAAGGACCUCUUCCACUGGGCGAUCGGCAGCCGCCUGAAGCUGGCCGGCAACGACGUCAAGAUCGUGUCCGCGGACCCCAGCCAGUUCCGGAGCGUGAUCCGCCAGUCGCACAGGCCCAAGGAAGCGGCCGUCCACGUCGGCGGGUACCGGGGCUCCAAGGACGGCUUCCUCUUCUUCCUCGAGAACGGCAUCCUGUGGGGGUUCAAGAAGCCCCUGAUAUUCAUCCCCCUGAACCGGAUCCAGGCCACCAGCUACACCAACAUCCUCCAGAUGACCUUCAACAUCGUCGUCGAGGUCCUCCUGGGCGCCGACUCGGUGGAGGAGUUUGAGUUUGGCAUGCUGGACCAGCAGGACUACGGCGGCAUCGACGACUACAUCAAGACGAACCGCCUGCAGGACCGCAGCAUGGCGGAGCAGAGGAAGGCCAAGCUCCAGCUCGCGGAGAACCGCCCGAAGAAGGAGGACGGCGAGGCGGAGAAUGGCGACGCCACCAUGACGGAUGCCAACGCAGCGCCCAACGGCACGACUGAACUGGAGCGCGCCCAGGCUGAGGCGGAGCAGCUGCUGCAAGAUGACGAGGAUGAGGAUGAGGAAGACUACGAUCCUGGGAGUGAGGGCGAUAGCGAAGGGUCUGGUGACUCUAGCGACGAAGACGACGAUGAUGAUGAUGAUGACGAUGAUGAUGACGAAGACGACGACAAUGAUGGUGAGGUUGAGGAGGAGGAAGUGGAGGAAGUGGAGGAGGUCAAGGAAGAGCCGAUAAAGGAAGAACCCCCUCCAGUCAAGAAGCCAGCCCGGAGGGCUGCUGCUCCAAAAAAGGAGGCCUCACCAAAGAAGGAGGUAGCACCAAAGAAGGAGGCAGCGCCAAAGAAGGAGGCAGCGCCAAAGAAGGAGGCAGCUCCAAAAAAAGCGACCGUGAAAUCCGAACCCUCUGCCAUGCCCGUUCGUCGAGGCUGGGCGGCUAUUAGCAAGAACCAAGCCCCCUCCCACAGCGUGGACGAUGAAAAGUUUGAUGUUAUCUGA